ACGUUGUUCCUCUCUACUUACCCAUUGUUCCAGGAAGUGCGGAUUGUUUAGACUCGGAGAGGAAUCCAGCAGGUUCCAUUGGUACUGCUCGCUCCUGUUUGUCCAGGGCUAUAGGACUCAUUUCAGAUGGAAGCCACCGAGGUGCAGAUUGGGUUGCUAAGCAUGUUGAAAAUCCAGCUCCAGUCCUUGGAAAAUGUUAGUCCUGAAAAAAAAAAUGUGUUCCAAUCGCUGCAGAACGUUAUGACUGAUGAUCCUGGUUCACAGUUGAUCUUUCAGCUAGACGCAGAUAAAAACAUAGAAUCAAUCAACUUCCAGUCAAGCUUUAUGACCAGAGUGUUUAAUGAGAGUCCAAAAGCGCUGCUGAUGAUCCGCAUUAAAAAUGCCAAAGGGAAAACUUUAUAUCUGUUUACUGCAGAUGGACCAUGUAUGAAGAUGGAGUAUGAUGUUUUGAAGCUCGUGCACGUAGCUAUCCCUAAGUAUGAGACUCCAAAAAGUUUGACUGACAUGUUUACUCUGUUGAAGAAUUUCAAUUCUCGUUGGGCUGAUAUCAGUACCUUUCUGGUGGACCCUUCAUUUAAAUACAGUUCUGUCAUUUCUAAAAUUUUCCCAUCAGCCGAGGUUGUUCUUUCAGCUUACCAUGUCAGCAAACACAUACAGGAAGAGAUUUACCGCCUGUCAUUGCCCGAGAAGACAGAGAAGUUGUUAAAUGAGGCACUAAAGAAGACCAUGUGUUCAGCCACAGCUGCAAAUCUGAAGAAAAUGCAUAUGACCCUGCUACAGAUACUUAAACCAGAACAAGAGGCCACCCUGAAUCCAAACCUACUCCUAGACGAUAAAAUAUGGGCACUGCACCGCUGGAGAACUGUUCCUCAGUGCUCUGUGUAUUUUCAGACAAUGGAAGUGGCGAGUAAAGAAUUCACCCAUAUCUUCGAUAAAUCUGUUGGAUUAGAAACCAUCAUCACUGAGUUGAUACAAUUCAUACAAGAGAGAGCAAAUAAAUCGCAGGCUGAAAAUCUCACCUGCAGUCUAGACGAUACAUCCCUACUUUGUGUAGGGAAAUGCCCAAAGAAGGAGAGCUAUGGGCCUAUGUCAUUGGAUUUUUGUUUAAAAUCUGGGACAGAGUCCGACUCCAGCGUGAAACCCAAGGAGGAGUCAGAUGUUCAUUUGGAACCUGAGAGGCAGACAGAGGCUGGAGCAUUAAUUUGUCAGUCUCUGGAUCACAUUUGCAUUGCUGCAGCUUCUGAUCUCUGUAUGAAGGAGUUCUGCAUUGCUCAGAAAUCUGCACAGGUUUUGCUCAACAAGAGUGACAAUGUGGUAAUCCAGCUGCUUGAGAGUCCCCAGGAAGUAACCUGGGAGAGCCCAAAACAAUGUUCCUGCUACUUUAACAAGUGCCUCAAACUCCCUUGUCGCCAUAUUAUGGCUGUGCUCAAUGCCAAUAAGGAGGUGAUAAAGCCUGAAAUGUUUGAUAGCUCUUGGCAUAAACAAACUAAUAGCUUUGAAACCAUUCUCCCAGUGCCCAUCCCUACCCUUGAAAUCAUCAAGGGGGACAGCAAGGGCAUUGCUGAUAAACACACGCAAGUGGAGAUCCUUAUGAAUCAGAUGGCCCAGUUAUUAGCAGAGUGCAGUAAUGAGGAUUUUCAACACCGGUAUAAUAUGCUGAGAGAGUUAGCGGACUCCUGGAUUGGUCCUUAUGAGCAGGUGAAACUGUAGAAUAGACAUGUCAACAUAUACCCUAGCAUACCAUUCACUGUAAAUGAACCAAAAUUUAAGUCACUUAAAUCAGUGAUUCAGUUACACACAGCUGUCUCCCAUCAAUAAGUAAAUGUUGUAAUCUGAAAGUAGGUGGCUAUUCAGUGAGUGCUUUCUGGGAUAUUAUCAGUACUAUACUGCUAGGCAGGCUUGGCUUCAUAGUUUUUGAAGGAACAGAGUAUCAGUGACCCGAACUUACUGCACACUUUCAGUAGUCCUUUAUGCCUCGGGUUGUUGACACCCAGUCCAGUCAAAAGCUAGCUAGUAGCAGGUUUAAAACUCAAAUAUCUCAGAAAUUACUAAAGUUAGAAAACAAGUGUAAAACUAUUAAAGUGCUUAGGGAAGCAGUUAGUUUACAUCAAGUCAUAUUUUUGGGUUUAAAUCUCCUGGAGGAAUGAUGAAUUUAGUAAUAAAAAAAUGGAAUCUAAAACCCAAAAAAAUAAAUUUAUUUAAACUCACUUUCCUAAUUUACAUUUGUUUUGCAAAUUUACAUGAUUUAUUUUCAGCAGUUUCUAAGAUAUUUGCAUUUUCUAGACUUUUUAUACCAGGCUAUUGCCUUUACUGAUAAUAAGCAAAGCUACGGUUAACUAAAUACAGAAAGUGGUCAUACAAGUAAAAAUCCUCUUGUUUGUUGAGGCUUGCCCAAUAUGGCUACCUAUGUGUUGGGUUAUAUCAGGAUGAUCUGAUCAAUUGGCCCUGGGAUCAAUAUAUGGACCAUAAUGAGUGCCAAGGGAUUUUUAAUUCUGCCCAAUAGAUAUCUGCCAAAUACUCUGACAAAUAUCUGUCGGGGAGUAAUUGGGAGAGGGUCCAUACACGGGCAGGUAAGCUGCCAACUAGGUCUGAAGCUGCCAAAUUGGCAGCUUAAUUCUGCUGUGUAUGGACAGCUUUAGGGUCACUGAUACACUGGGCCUUCAAAAAGCUGAAAGCAGUAUAAAAUUAAUAUCUCAGAAACCGCUUACAAUAGAAAAUGAAUGUAAAUAAUGUAAAAAGAGCUUACGAGGAUCACUUUGAUUAGGUUUACAUCAAUUCAUUUUGGGGGUUAAGAUUCCUUUUAAUGAAUUUUAGACCGUGAGAUCAUUUCAGUUCGUUGAUGAUCAUUCAUCAAAUUGAAUCUGGACCUGUACAUUUUAAUAAGCAGCAAUUGACUUGUGCCAGAUUACAGAAGCAGUCUGUUUUGUUACUGCUUACGCAGUAAGCUUGGCAUGUGCACACAAUUCAUUUCAGUAGCAAAAGGUGUCCUAUGAUCUGUUUAAAGGAUGCAACAUGCUGGAACAUUAAAAACAAUCUGAGCCAAGUGUCAAGAUAAAGUUUGCUCCAUCUGUACCUUAACACGAAUUAUACCCUCGACAUACGUGGACAUUAUGUUCAUUUGCAUCAUGACCGCUUUUCCUUGCUACAGAUAUUGCCAUAUGAACUAAUUGUGAGUACGAUGUCUUCAAACUUCACUGUGUCAAGGAAAAUAAAUAGAAGCCAACCCUUACUUAUGGCAGGUCUAUGUUUUGCCCCUAAACCCAAGGUACCAGAAGUCAAAUAACACAAGAUUCAUUAGGUGCAAGUUAGUGGUAUUCGAAGGGACCCCUGGAAUCUCCUCAAAGCAAGUGUUAAUAUCAGGGCUCCUUUGUAUCUGUGCGUCUUUAUUUUGCACCCUAUCGAAGUGCAAGGAGCAAUUCUACAGGAAUUUGGCUGGACAUAAUUUUGCACUUUAUAAAUAAACCCUAAAAUCAUAUUUGACAAUUAUAAUAAAUCUCCUAUAUGUAUUAGCUGAAUAUGUAUUAGUGAAUUGUAUUAUUUUGGGUAAUUAGUUUCUUUAAAAAAAAAAAAAGCUUCUUUCAGACACCGACAACAGUUAGGGGUUAUUCAUUAAAGUCCGAUUUAUUAUUUAUUUAUUUUUCUUGUCAGACUUUUAAAGGGGAAAAAUAUUUUUUUGCAGAAAAAAAAACAAAACCUCAGAUUCUUCAAGAUUGAUUAAACCCCGUUAGUGUUAAAAGUCCAAAUAAAAAAGGACUCCAUUUUAGACCUGCCGAGUUGUAGAAGUCAAUGACAGAUGACCUGUUUACAAUUGGAAGAUAUCCUGAUCUGUGCUGGGUUCAGUUCAAUAAUCCGGAGAUUUCGUGGUUGGAAGGCGAUAAUCCGAAAAAGUUGCAGCUUUCAGGCAUCAAAUUUGAAAAAGUAAAUUUUUUUCAAACAAAUCUGAAAAAAUUUAGGAUAUCGAUUUUUUUUACAAUUUGAUGAAGUCUUUUCUCGCACAAGAAAAUUUUGUGCAAAUUAAAUAGAUAAAAAGGGGGGAAAGUCUGUGCGGAUUUGGUCGGAGUGGUUUUCAGAAACUGAGAACAUUUUGGAUUUUUAUAAAUAACCCUCUAAGUGUCCAAUGAAAGAAUGUUUCCUUCUUGACUGCAAUAUAUUUGAGGGUGGGAUUCAAGCUGCCUUUUGUUAUCAUUCCUCCAGCUCAUACCAAGCAUCUCAGGUAAAUAUGCCCUUACUUAAUGAUUUACCCAAAUCCGCUGUUAGCUGGGCCCUAUAGCCAUUGUAUUUGGUUGGGUCCCCCUUUGAGAACCAGCACCAAGUGUUGACUCCUGACAUACUGGGCUACAUAGUGUCAUGUGAUUGGCAGAAGCUUAUUAAACCAGGUGAGAUUGUGGCAGAAAAUGUAUUAAAAGCACCAAUGCAUAGUUUCAGGGGCAGACUGGCAAGCUACCAUUUAAAAGAUAGAGCAGCCACUUUUGCUUUUCAUCAUCAAUGCCCAAUUCUCCAUGGUAACAUCCUACAUAUGUCAAAAGAGUAUAUACACAGGGACAUUUGUGAUGCUAUAUGUAGUAAAUAUGUGAUGUCACCAUGAAAAUUUGCCUGCCCAAUUGAUGCAAACGUUGGCUAGUAGAAGAUUUGCCUAAUACAUGUAUGGGACCUAUUCUCCAUAAUGCUUGGGACCUGGGGCAUUCCAGAUAAUUUCCCUAAUUUGGAUCUUCGUACCCUUAUGUCUACUAGAAAAUCAAGUAAACAUUAAAUAAACCCAAUAGGCUGGUUUUGCUACCAGUAAGGAUUAAUUAGAUCUUAGUUUGGAUCAAAUAUAAGGUUGUAUUUUGUUAUUGCACAGAAAAAGGAAAGCAUUUUCAAAAUUUUGGAUUUGGAUAAAAUGGAGUCUAUGGGAGACGAUAAACUAAAAAAGAAGACGUUCAUUGUUGAGUACAGUGAUGAGUGGGGUUAACUUACCCAAAAGGAAGGUGGGUCCAGGUGCUCAAGCCCCAGACCUUCAGCUCGGAGAGGCAAUCAAUGCAAAUAGAUAAUAAUAAAGGGCUGGCACAUACCAGACCACACUCCAUAAAUUGAUCUAGUAAAAAAAGUUUUAUUGGAGCAAACACAUCACAACCUUAGGGGCACUUAGUCAUAGGCUAUGGGAGACAGGCUUUUCUGUUAUUCUGAACUUUCUGGAUAAUGUGUUCCCGGAAAAUGGAUUCCAUACCUGUAUUAUAUAUGCCUCUCUGGGUCUCUUGGGAAAAAGAUUUAGAAACACUGGUUUAACAGUAUAGAAAAGUUACAUUAGGACCCCCCCCCAAGGUAAAAUCAGGGAUAUGCAUUAUGUAUUAUAUUGGUAGUGCCACAUAAAAAACUAUGUAAAGUGCAGGAAAACUGCAUCUGUUAUUUGACAGAUGUUUAUUAUUUUGGAGAAUAUCUGUUAUAAACUCCAGGCUCUUGUACAGGC